UAACCUUGUUCUUUCUCUUAUCUGAUUGGUUGAAAUUCAUAUGCAUGUCUAUCUAACGACCUUCGGCCUAUAUACGAUGUCAGACGAUUAGCCUUAAGCAUUUAUUUGAAACAUGAAAACAUGACCCUUUCAGAUGGAUGAAUCUAAGGUAACGGAUGAUUGUGCUGCUGUUGCAGCUGCUGACUUAGGAAAAAUCAAACCACGACAUUAUCGUCAAUUUUCAGAUGUAACUAAUUCAGGCAAUACAGAUAACACAUAUUCAACUACAAGCAAAUCUACUAUGCCAUUUUGUCGGCGUUGUUGCCUAUGCUGUAGACAAACAAUGUGGUCGCAUAAAUUUUGGAUGGGAUUUACAGCAUCUACCUGGGGUUUUUUGUCAAGUGUUGAACGUGCUGUAAUACUGCCAACACUUUUUCUUUAUCUGAAAGAAUAUUGGGGUGCAGAGAUUGCUAAUACUCAUUAUGGAGUUACUGUUGCAGCAUUUAGCUUGUCAAUCCUGAUAAUGACGCCUAUCUAUGGUCUUGCUGCUUAUUCUGGUGUUCGUGUAAAAACCCUUUUGUUGGUUGCUAAUUUUUUGGAAAUUAUUGGAAAUCUUAUUUACCUAUUCGCUCCAGUUCCUUCAGCAAUCAUCCUAGGAAGACUGAUCUCUGGUAUCGGGGCGAGUUGUGAACCCCCAUUAUAUGCGGAUAUUGUAAGAGCAACAAAUCGUGAUGAACGUACUGCAUACAUUAUUGUAUUAUUGCUCACACGUCAGAUUGGUCUUAUAUUUGGUCCUUCUUUCACAUUAAUGAUGGCUAAAAUGAACUAUCGUGUGGCGAACUUCACACUGAAUGUUUACAAUGGACCUGGAUUAUUAAUGGCAAUUUUAUGGUUCCUACAUUCAUUUAUCAUAUUGUUUUCUUAUCCAAAUGUUGAUAAAAAUGGUCGAGUCAUUUAUACUGAUGGUCAAAGAUCGUGUUGCAAUCGGGAAGCUUGGAUACAUACUAAUGAACAGUCAAAAGAAGAUUCUCGACCUAUGCUGAGUGAUUCAACAGAUUCACUAUCCUCUGGUCGAUUUAAUACCACUGUGUUGAGUAAUACUCUACGACCGUAUCUAUCGUUUAAUAUUAUAGCAUUGUAUUGUGUUAAUUUUGCGGCAUAUUUCAGUUUUAUGGGUUUAGAAGCAGCUCUACCGCCAGUAGCAAAUCGGAUAUUUAACUGGACAGAAGUGGAAACUAGUUAUGUAUAUCUAGCUGCAAGUAUUUUGAUUAUAUUUGUAGUGAUAAUAUUACGUAUUCUUAAUCAGUAUUAUACUGAUCGUGUUCUCCUAUUAGCCGGUCUUAUUAUUAUGGUAAUUUCUUAUCUUUGGUUAACUAUUGUAGUUCAUAUACUUCCUGAUAUUCCUGUUAGUGUCGGUAUUCCUUUAACACUAACCGGCAUAGCUAUUCAUGUGAUUGGACUUCCAUUUGCUUUUGCUUAUUCUGAAUCAUUGUACACGAAACUUGCUCCCGUCUCUGAUAUGGAUCGAGCUCAAUCAAUCUUUCGUACAGUUGUAAAUGUUGCCUUCUUAAUUGGACCGUAUGUUGGUGGCUCAUUAAUUGGUCAUCCUACUAUAGUAUUCUUUUGUAUGUUUUUAUCCUCCAUAUUUCCGACACUAUUGGUUAGUUGUCGAUUUAAAGAUUUCAUUGUUAUCGAUAGACCUAAUUCACCAGGUGAUUUGGAAAUAGCUAAGGAGUGCUGAGAAGAAGGCGAAAACAACCCCACACACUAGUAGGCUCAUACUCUCUGUGCAUAUGAGCAAUCUAGUCACAAGUAAAACACACAAAAAAGAAGAAAAGAAAAUUUGUCUUUCGUUUCCAGUCAUCACCUUUUCCCCCGUGUCUUGUUAUUCGUCAAACGAACAAAGAAACUGAACAGUUCUCCCUCCCCCCCCAACUUGCUUCCUCCUCCUCCUGCCCCACCCCCACCCACUUUGCCCAUUAUUUUAUCCUCAUAAUUCAAAGUUUUACACCCUAUUUGAUUGUAAAUCAUCAAGGUUUUACUAAUAUUCAUUGUUUCUCAAAGAAGAAAAGAUUUUAUCUCCUCUGUGGUUUGUUUUUCCUUUGCGGUAAACUAUCUAUUUUCUAUGUUUAAUUGAUUUGCACUCCGCAUAUAUAAAUUUUAUUUGUAAAUAUAUAUACAUAUAUAU